GAUAGAGCGGAUAGUGUGGCUCCGGCAGUGGGAUCCGGUUAGGUUGGGUCGGAUCCUCGAGCAGACUAUAGCGAGACGCCUAACUGGCAGUCAGUGGCUCUCGGGGCCCCGCGUCGUCAGUCUCGUCGGGGUAGUUUCGUGUAACCGUGCCGUCUCUCUUCUCCUUUCUUUCUCUCUCUCCCUAUCUUUCUCCCUCUCUCCCUUUCCAUCUACCUGUCACUCGAUGUUUGCUCUUUCUUUCUCUCAUUUCACCUGCUCCCCUCCCAUCCCUCCGUCCUCCUGUCGACCCCUUCCUUCUUCUUCCGUGCUCUCUACCUUUCUCAAGACGUCUUGUCCAGCUACUGCCACACGAUGAUUAUUUCUUUCGUUUACCCUUACCGCUGUCUAUUAUCGUUCGACUCGUCUUCUUAAGGGACUUUAACAACGGAAUAUUUAUCGUUACGUCGCGACACGCUGCUUACCCCGCGCUGCUGAGUGACGAAAACAUAAUCGCGUGGCGAUUCUAGUGAAGGAAGAAGCAAGCUACUGAUUUCGGAGCCGGUUGCUCCGGUCCGAGAACGACUAAGCCGAUCGCAGAGAUCAGGAAUAUUGUUCGAGUUCUGCGUCGAUAUCGUGUCUACGGUCGCAUUUGCGUUUGACAACUACGAGAAAUCUCUCGCCGAAAUCUCUCGUAAAAUAAGAUUCGCGAUAUUCAGUGAGUGCGUGUCAUAUAUAAUAAAUAUCAGCGUAAAGUGCGGUGAUUCGACGAAGAUUCCGAGAAGGAAUUGUAGAGCGAAAAAAUUGAAGAGUCGUAAACUCGGCGAGAGAGAGAGAAAGAAAGAGAGAAAGAGAAGUCAGUCGAAAGCCGAGUGCCGAGUGUAUUGGGAAAAGUCUCGGAAAAAAACGAGACACGUGGAAAUAUUGGAAAAAAAAGAAUAGCAGGUUGAAUUUCCAACAAAACGGGAGAUUAUGAGUGUUGGCUGAACUUGAUAGGCUCUAGCGACAAGCUGGAGUAACAGAUAUACCUGAGCGCCAACCACACCCGGUGAGAUAAUUUAAUCUCUCCGUAUCUUCGAAAUUCGUCAAAGCUAGCCAACAAAGGUUUUGAGCACUUACCAUUUUGACGAAACAAUAAUGUAAGUUCCGAUACAGUACAUCGAUGUCGUACUGAGCAACUCUACGCGAAUGAGAAUUUUAAUUUGAAACACGAGAAAGCGCAGCAGAAAAACCCAAAGCGGCCCCCUCUAUACGUGUCGUACACUUUUCGCGUCGGGGGCGAUUGCGACCCUCGGUAGCAUCUCGCGAAGGUAGCGGACACGCUGGGAGUUUCGCGAGUUCAAAGAGUACGACCGGUGGCCGGCGUACGAAGGCUUCAAGAUUGCUCGAAAACCGUCGCGCGAGGUGCGCAGGAGUGGCAGAGCUGCGGAAAUAGGGGCUGCCGGCGUGAUGCAGCGGGUGGGUGCAGCCGGGGGGCCCGGGCCCAUCGGCUUUCAGGGCCCUCCGAGAUCGCUGAAAAUUUCACCGAUCAAUAUACAGGAUGAGCCCGCCGAUCCCACGCAGAAAGGCAGGAGUUCGCUCUGCGUUGGUUGCGGUGGUCGAAUUCACGACCAAUGGAUCCUGAGGGUAGCGCCCAAUCUUGAAUGGCACGCGGCGUGUUUAAAGUGUGCCGAGUGUCAACAGUUUUUGGACGAGAAAUGCACCUGUUUCGUACGGGACGGCAAAACUUACUGCAAGCGCGAUUACGUUAGGUUGUUCGGCACAAAGUGCGACAAGUGUAGCCAGUGUUUUAGCAAAAAUGACUAUGUGAUGAGAGCGAAAACUAAGAUUUAUCACGUGGAGUGCUUUCGCUGUUGCGCUUGCAUGAGGCGGCUUGAGACCGGUGACGAGUUCGCUCUCAGGCAGGACGGCCUCUUUUGUCGGCACGAUCACGAUGUUCUCGAGGGCGGAAAGCACUGUACUGGAGCUGCUGGUAUACCCGGAAGUGAGAAUAACAACAAUGCCUCUCUGACGAACAACAAUCACCAUUUGCACCCGAACGAUGGUUCGAUGUCAGAUUCCGGAUCCGAGAGCGGAUCGCAUAAGGCGGUCAGUGGUGUUCGCGGUUCCGGUGGCCACAAAAGUGGCGGUGGUUCCGAUGGAAAGCCAACAAGAGUACGUACGGUACUCAACGAGAAACAGUUACACACCCUGAGAACCUGCUACGCAGCAAACCCCCGCCCGGACGCCUUGAUGAAGGAGCAGCUCGUCGAAAUGACGGGACUGAGCCCACGCGUGAUCAGAGUGUGGUUCCAGAAUAAAAGAUGCAAAGACAAGAAGAAGACGAUCGCCAUGAAGCAGCAAAUGCAGGAGAAGCGCUUUUUAUUUCAGGACGGGCGUAAAUUGGGCUUCGGCGGCAUGCAUGGCAUACCUAUGGUUGCCAGCAGCCCCGUGAGACAUGAGAGUCCUAUCGGUAUGACGCCUCUGGAAGUUCAAGCUUAUCAGCCACCGUGGAAAGCACUUUCGGAGUUUGCACUUCAUACAGACUUGGAACGAUUGGAUCCCAACGCACCGUCGUUCCACCAUUUGGUAUCUCAGAUGCAUGGCUAUGACUUACAUGGAGGACCACCGACGCAAUUGGCACCCCCGCCAGGAAUGCUCGGCGGACCGAUGAGUGACGGUGGAGGCGGACCGUUACCACCUCCGGGGCCUCAUCAUCCGGGUGGUGGUGGACCAGACAUGAGCCAACAUCCUGACAGCACCGACAGUUACGUGACUUAUGUCGAGAGUGACAGUGACUCAUUUCAUCACGAUACAGGAAGUCCAUAGUGUCGUGCGAGACAUGAACGUAAAACAAUCACGCCCUCAUCGUCCUUCGCUUUCAUAGCGAUUUUUGUCAUAGUGCUCGCUAUCACGGCAAAAUGUUUACAACGGCGGAUAUGAAAUGGAACCAAGAAACACCAUGAGAUACAGAUACAAGAAGAACAACUCAAAUAUCAAAGGACUAUUGUGUCUGAUCGAUCUUUUGACGAUAAUCAAACAGACUCGUUCAGCACUACUACCAAGUGAUUUGGAAACGACAAUGAUAAAAAUAACACAAACGGUCGGCGGGCAAAAAGAGAGGGUGGGGGCAAUGUCGCUGUCUUGGACGUACAUAAAUAAUGUAUUUUCGCUUCAGUUUUAAACGUUUUCUUUGAAAUGUCACAGAGGGACGUUUGCAAGGAAAAAUCGUCUAAUUAUUAAGCGCACAGCAGCUUCAAGAAUCUUAAAUAAAUUUAAAGAAUCUUGAACGUUCUGUAUAUUGUCAGCUUAUUGAUAUAAAACGAUUCUGGCCAGA